AUGGAGGCGAGGAAGGUGAUCCCUGAGGUGCAGUGCAUCAACGGCGGUCUCACGACAACGGGCACCCUCAGACUGACUGACUUCCACCUUGUCUUCUGCGCUCCUGUCCCGGAACCCAAGGAUACACCCGACUCUUCGGCCACUACUGGUGUCCCAAAGACUCGCGAAUCAUGGAUCAGCUUCACAAUGAUAUCGCAGUUCACUCUGCGUCCAACACCGCCAACAUCUGGCAUUCCAAGUUCUAUUCGCCUCAAAGGACGUGAUUUCAUUUACGUCGCCUUCAAUUUCAUGGACGACAAGAUCGCGCGCGAAGUCUUCGAUUUCGUCAAGGUCAGGACCUGCAAGUUGGGAACAGUUCAAAAGCUCUACGCGUUCAGCCACAAACCCUCCAAACAUGAGCAGUCUGUCAAUGGGUGGGAAAUAUACGAUGCCAAAGCAGAGUUUCGGAGGCAGGGCAUUAGUGAAAAGUCGACAGACAAGGGUUGGCGCAUUACCUGGAUCAACAAAGACUAUAGUUUUUGCGACACCUACCCCGCCAUGCUGGUCGUUCCCUCUUCUAUAUCUGACAAUGUCCUCAAAUACGCAAAGGACUAUCGCUCUAGGUGCCGCAUCCCGGCGCUUUCCUAUAUCCACCCCGUCAACAACUGCACAAUUACACGCAGCUCUCAACCACUAUCUGGUAUCACUCGAAAGAACAAUAUCCAGGACGAGAAACUGGUUGCCGCCUGUUUCUCAGCUUCGCCACCUUACAAUGAAGGGGACCUUCCUCCCCCGCCAAGUCAAAUCGAUGCCAUCGAGGCUCAGUUGACCGACUCGGAGCGUUUCGAAGACAGCUUCCUUGCCAACACACCGAAUAUGUACGAUGAGAAGACAGGUCAGCGCCUCAUAUACGGCGCUCAACAAAGUAAUCUCAUUGUCGAUGCACGGCCAACCGUCAACGCCAUGGUCAAUCAGGUCCAAGGCAUGGGAUCGGAGCCGAUGGAUCGCUACCCAGGAUCACGGAAGGUUUUCCUUAGCAUCGAAAACAUCCACAUCAUGCGUAAUUCUCUUAACAAGGUCGUCGAAGCUAUCAAGGAUGCUGAUAUUUCACCACUUCCUCCGAAUCGUGAACUGCUGGCGAGUAGUGGCUGGCUUAAGCACACCAGGGCCGUUCUCCAGGGCGCGAGCCUCAUCACGAGACAGAUCGGAAUCUUCCAUUCCCACGUUCUAAUUCAUUGCUCUGACGGGUGGGAUCGGACAAGCCAGCUUAGCGCACUUAGCCAGCUGAUGCUUGACCCUUAUUACCGUUCCAUCGAGGGCUUUAUCGUUCUCAUCGAGAAGGACUGGCUCUCCUUCGGCCACAUGUUCCGCUUGCGAUCAGGACAUCUUAAUCACGAAAGCAAUUUCCAAAUUCAAAGAGACGCUAUGGCAGGCGCUACGGUUCAGCCUGGCGAGAAUGACGGCAGGGGUGAUGCUUUCCAGAGCGCAAUUGCUAGCGCGCGCCGCUUCUUCAACCAGAACAAGGAUGAUGCAGCCGAGCUCGACACGGCGCUCGAAGGUUCCACUGGCACUGUCGCAAAUGGCGAGGCGACUGAUCCUAAGAUGAUCAGCCCCGUUUUCCACCAGUUCCUUGACUGUGUCUACCAGCUGCUGCGCCAGAACCCCGACCGUUUCGAAUUCAACGAGCGAUUCCUUCGCCGUUUGCUGUACCAUCUCUACUCAUGCCAGUACGGCACCUUCCUCUACAACUCAGAGAAGCAGCGGCAUGAUGUUGACCUGUCACACAAGACUUCGUCGGUCUGGGGUUAUUUCCUCUCGAGGAAAGCUGAGUUCACCAACAAAGCCUACAACCCUACUGUGGAUGAUCAUACCAAGGGCCUUGAGCGUAUUAUUCUGCCCGUCCUGGACAACAUCCGUUGGUGGCACCAGUCGUUCAACCGGACCGACGAGGAGAUGAAUGGUGACCUGCAUGCUGCCGCUGCUGCUCAGCAAUCAAAGGCUUCAGCAAUGGCCAACUUUCAGCCAUCGACUGAGAUGUCUUACGCUCAGAGCCAACCAAGUACGCCUCCCAAAAGUGAUAGUCCCAAACCUCCCGGGCUCCCCACCAGCCAGUCGGUCCUCAGCGCGGUUGAGACCGCUCAUACGACUCUGACGCCAGAGCCGCGUGCUCUGCACAGAAGUGCCUCUGCUGAGGGCGCCAACGGUAACGCGUUCUCGGCCAUUCGCAAUGGCAUCGCUGGCAACAUUGGCAGGGGCAUGAAUGCCUUAAGCAACUUGGGCAACCGCGGCACAUCACCGGGCCCAUCGACAGCGACGGCAACGCGCACCGAGCAGGAACUACACAGCCUGACGUAG